CCAAAUUACAACAGUAUUAUUCAACGUAUUAGUGGAUAAGGGUAUCAACAAGAUAGUUUAUCAGUUUUGCUGUCAAUAGAAAUACAAUUACUGACAAUAACAGCUUUAAGUUAAAAUUCAGAGUAAGCCUCAAUUACAUCUAACAUUUAAAAGCAUACGAGACUAAAUUUUUCGGAAGGAAAUUCCAAAAUGAGUGAUGACGAUAAUUGUUGUGAAGUGUGCGUUAAUGAGACUUGUUCAUGCUGCUGUACUGGAAUCUGUGCUGCAUGUGCUUGUGGAUUUCAACUCUUAUGCUGUCUAAUUGUUGGACCUUUAAUAGCAAUUGGAGUAAUAUUUCUGAUUGUUUGGUUUGUUUGGUUGAGAGAUCAAGUUUAAAAGUCAGCAAUAAAUUAAGGCAAACAGAUAAAAAAUAUUUUUUGGUAUGGUGAAAUUAUUUUUGUAGCUGCCUUUUAUUAAUUUUUUGAGUCAAAUAAAUUUAUAGUGCAAUAAAAUUUUUA